AUGGGAAAACAUAAAGAAAAAAAAGAGAAACAUAAGAUUGAAAAAACUCUUAAAAAUAUGGAUAUUUUUAAACGGCAUCAAAAAUUAAUUUCUACUUUUGUUGAGAUGAAACAGAAAGAGGAGGUUGAUUUGGCAGGUGUAUCUAAAGACAAUGCUUCAAAUAUUGUUAAAUGUCAUAUGAAAUUUAUUUAUGAUAAAAAUAUAGAUGAAAAUAAAAUGACAUGGGAAGAAAAACUUGCAAAAAGAUAUUAUGACAGAAUUUAUAAAGAAUAUUGCAUUGCAGACUUAAGUAAAUAUAAAGAAAAUAAAAUAGCAUUAAGAUGGAGAUUGGAAGCAGAAGUAAAAAAAGGUAAAGGACAAUUUAUAUGUGGUGGAAAAGAUUGUGAAAGUAAGGAAAGUUUAUCAACAUGGGAAGUAAAUUUUAAAUAUAAAGAAAAAGAUGAGAUAAAAAAUGCUUUGGUAAAAGUUUGCCUUUGUGAGGAAUGUUCUAAAAAAUUAAAUUUUCAUUCAGCAAAAAAGAAAAUAAAUAAAAUUUAUAAGGAAAUUAAGAAAAAAAUUAAAAAAAAAAUAUCAGAAGAUGUGGAUGAUAAAAAAAUUUCAAAUGAUGAAGAUUAUAAUGAGUAUAAAAAUACCAAUAAAUAUACAUCCACAACAUCUCAGGAAACUUUAACAGGAAGUGAAUGUGUAAAUAAAAAUGACAAUUCUCAAUUUUCAACCAAAAAUACAAAUUAUCUUGUUGAAGAAUUAGAUACAUUUCUUGAUAACUAUUUGUUAAGAUGA